CUUGACUGGCUUCCACUGUAGCUCGAAAGAUAUUGACCUGAACUUUCAUGUCAAGGGUCGUAGGUUGAACAUGUUGUACGCCCUCAUAGUCGUACCAUGAAAAGUGGACAAUCCGUGAAUUGCAGUUGCGUUGGUACUUCGCUUUGCUAAUAGUCGAUGGUUGUACAUAGGUGGACCUUGGCAUGUAUAAGGUUGUAUACAGGUUUUAGAAAGGUUAGACGUGGAUUUUGACAAAACUGUCAUUGUUGACUACACCCAUUAAGUAAUAUCUGUAUUUCAAGUCAAGAUGAUGUCAUUCGUAAUUACCAUACUAUUUGGAGUGAUGCUUCUACUUAUUAUGACUGCAUUUUAUCUUUAUUACAUCAAUCCACAAAUAAUUCAUUGGAUGUUUACACGGAUAAUGUUAUACAGGGCUGGUUUAUGUGUGAAGUACCUAUAUAUCGGAGACUAUCGAUACUGUUAUGCUGAAAAGGGGAAUGGAACAAGUAAUAAACCAACAAUGUUGUUCCUUCACGGUUUCUCAUCGUCCAAAGAUAUGUACUGUACUGUUGUUACGGCAUUGGCCAAAGAUCUGCACAUAAUUCUAUUAGACAUGCCUGGUCAUGGAUACACAACACAGAAAGUCAAAGAUGAUCACUCGUUUCUAGCACAAGCAAACAAAGUACACCAGUUUGUAGAGGCUUAUGGUUUGGACAAAUCUGCAUUUCAUCUCUGUGGUACUUCAAUGGGUGGUGCAGUAGCAGGAAUAUAUGCUGCAUUAUAUCCACAUCAUUUGGUCAAAUUAACGUUGGUUUGUCCUGCAGGAAUUCUCACUCGUAAACUUAGUAAAUACGUUGAAAUCCUAAGAGAUGAUGAAGUAGAUCUAUUAAGACCAGACUCAGCAGAAGGCUUAGAAAAAAUGUUGGAUAUUGUAAUGCAUAAAAAACUGAAGAUACCAAAUUGGUAUUUGAAGAUUGCCAACGCUAUUAGAAAACCUCAUAGUGAAUUUUAUAUGCUUUUAAUGGAAGAAAUGAAAAGUGAAUCUGCACGAAAUGCUCUGAAAGAAAAGUUAAAAGAUAUUAGGACUGAAACCCAAGUAAUUUGGGGUGUCUGUGAUGAGAUUAUUGAUGUUUCCGGGGCAAAUGUGAUCAAAGAAGCACUGGGAGAUUUGUGUCGAGUUGAUCUUUUAGACAAUUGUGGCCACUCUGUUGAAUUAGAACGACCUUAUCGUACAGCCAAAGUUAUGAUGGAGUUUGUUAAUAGUUGAUUAUGUUUGGAAUUUCAGAUAUUUUGAUUAUUUGCAGGCAUAUAUUUAUAAAGAGUGAAUUGGGAUUUAUUGAAAUACAAUUGUUAUUUAUUACCGAUACAUGGUAUUGUUGGACUCUACACAAUUAAAUAUGUUCCAAGUGUCAUAUUAGUUACUUUUAUAUGAUUUGUUGUGUAAUUGAUAACAAAACGUUUUGUGAAUAUCAAAUAUCCAAUAUAAAUUUGAAUUCUUAUUGUUUUGUAUAGUUAUUAUUAUUCAUGUCAUUUAUGUGCC